GCCUCGCGGCUGAGCCCAGUGACUUCACUUCAGUCACAUACUGCACCAUUCAAGAGGGGCCAACGAAUACGGCUUGAAACCACCACUUCAUAAUACUUUUUGUCUAUUUUGUACGGUUUUUCUUCUCGUUUUAAAAAGAGGUUGUUGUUUUUUUUAAGUCUACUGCGCCGUUUUUACACCAUGCGGCGAUUAUUGGUCGCCUGUAUCCUCUCGUCGCUACUAAAAGUGUCGGUGUGUAUUCAAGUGAUCGUCCCCCAGCUGGAGCGCAGCACUGCUCUGUUUGCUUCAGUAACCCUGCGCUGUGACUUCUCCACGUCGGCGCCCCUCCAAGAUGUUCUGGUCACCUGGAGGUUUAAGUCCUUCUGCAAGGACCCCGUGCUGGAGUACUACUCCACAGCUUACCAGUCAGCACUUCAGUUGGGGCAGGAUCCAGCGAACGACUGUCCCGAUCGCCAGCGCACGCUUCGCACCGUGAUUCAAAAGAGAGGAAACAAUGAGGCGACACGCGGCGCAGAAUACCGUAAUCGCAAGAUCUCCAUCGCAAAUGAUGCUGAUCUGGUCAUCAAUGAAGUGAUGUGGUGGGACAACGGUGUGUACUUUUGUGCCGUUGACGCACCUGGAGACACCACUGGAGACAAUGACAAAGAAGUCAAACUGAUUGUUUAUCAUUGGUUAACUGUUCUCUUCAUCGUCAUCGGAGCGCUGCUGCUCAUCAUCUUAUUUGGCAUCUGCUGCUGCCAGUGUUGUCCUCAGAAGUGCUGUUGCUAUGUGCGCUGUCCCUGCUGCCCACAGCAGUGCUGCUGCCCAGAAAAAGCGGUAAUGCAGCAUCGUAUGAUGAAGGAGGCUCAGAGGGCUAUGGCUCCCUGGAUGGGAGGACAGCCCGUCUAUGGACCGAUGAGUCAUGUUCCCUCCUCUCAAAUGAACCCAAUGCUAUACGCAGGAUCUGUGUCAGGGAAGAGCAUGCAUAUGAAGCCCAUGCCCUUGCCACCGCCACAGCCCUCAGCUUACGGCAUACCGGCCCCUAGUAUCCACGGCAGCCACACACCUGCCAACACCAAUCACAUGCUUGACUACAUGGAGAGUCAGGUGAGGGGGUUGGACGUGAGCAGUCCGCUGCUUCAGGUGCAGCCGCCUCCACCCCCUCACAUGCAACAGCUUCCACCUGUUCCCCAGCACAUGCCCGUCAGUGUCCCCUUUUCAGCCGGGCCUCCCAGCAUGAUAUCUGGACUCGGUGAGGUGCCAUCAGACCGCCGCGUCAUCACCCUCCCACCAAUACGUGAACCGGGCCGAGUGCAGCCCCCCGCGCCUAAGACUCGCCCCCCGAGCUCCAGCGACAGCAGCCGUGGCGGUUUCGGACCCCGCGAGGAGCGCAGGACACUGGGUCGACGCUAUCCCUCACCUCCACGGUCCAGAGGCAUUCCGAGGAGCUACAGCGAGGAGUCGUUGGAUGGGCGGUCGCGUGCCGGGGCACGGGGAGGCAUGGACCCCUCUCGAUCCCGUUCCAGGGAUGAUCUAUUUGACAGCAGGUCCAGAGGAAACUAUGCCCCACCGGGAGCACGUCGACCAAGAGGGUCAUGGAGCUCUGAUGAUGAGGACAUGAGUCGGAGAGGAGGGGGCGGAGGAGGGAGGAGAGGGGGCGGCGGCGGCGGCUGGGGUGAGAAACCUCCUAGCUACACAGAGUACGAGCCUGGAAACAAACCAGGACCAAGGAGGAACGAACACUACUCUGUUAAGAGCUCUCGGAGUGGCACCAGCGUCGUCAUCUGAGCGGAGCUGUGAAAACGCCCUUUGACCUCUGUUUCUGAGCGCACGCACACCUCACUUGAACUGGGAGUUGUUAGCAGCCUUGCUGUCAAACUCCUGGUAAAUUUGAAAUACCUUAUGAGCGAGCCAUCAGGAUAAGAUUUGUGUUGCCCAAUACAUGUUCAGAAAAUAUAUGCUUGAAAUACACUUGUGAAGUAUUUGGCUUCAUCUGGAAGCACAGAAAUAACCCUGGUAGCAGAGAAAACGUUCCACUCAGCCUGGGCGCGUAGAAAUAGGUCCCGGUAGCAUAGAACUGCUUUAAAAUACACAGUACGUCAAAUGUAUGAACGCCCUCGGCUGGUUCGUCAAUGAAAUUAGAACCUUGGGGAAUGUUGACGGCCUGCUGGUUAAGAAAGCCGUUUGAGCAUUUAUUCAAAAUCCUUGAUAUCUAGCUAACUGUUCCUGUACUAGUACCUUCUUUGUCCUCACUCGGAAGACAAUUCAGCGCACUAGUAGAACAACAGUGUCGGACUAGUCGUGUUUUUUUCCCCCCCCACUAUGAGUCCCACUUUUGGCCUACUCUUACUCGGUUAACAACUAGUACCACUAGGCUAUUGACUAAAUGCUUUCCAUAGUUAUUGAAGUUAUUGUUUUUAGAGUUGUCUUUGUUUUUUUUCCUCCAGGAAGUGACCAACUUUGUCUUUAUUUUAUAAAUGCCAACAAAAAGUAGGAAGGGUAAUAAAGCUCUUAAAGGGUUAGUAGGAUUGGAUGACUCACCAAAAUAUUACAACUGCUAUAUUAUAUUGAAAUUAUUUAAAGCUACACAAUGUUUAUUUGUUUGCCUUAAUUGUGUGCAGUUAUUUCUGUGAAGCCUUAAAUUACAAUGAUGAAGCUUUUUUAGUAUAGUUGUACGUAAAAUCCAUUAGUGUAAGUAAUUGACAUGCUGUACUGUAGCUAACGUAUCAUUUUGUGGGAAAUCAAGGAUGCUUCUCUCAUUGUCAUUUCUAGGAUCCAAUUUUACCGGUGCAAAUGUUGAAGUAUGAACCUUUUUUGUGUGUGUUUGUAAAGCACAUUAAGUUUGUGUAAGACAAUUUUUGAUAAUUCAAGCGUCUUCUCGACAUUAUUUCUCGUUGAAUUUGAGUAAUAAAAACUUCACAUAC